AUCUGCGCGAGUCUUCCUUGUUCCCAGAGGCCAGCCAUGAAAGUAUCGUCUCAUGACCCGAGGCGGUUGCCUGUGGCGGGAAAUGAAUCUCCGCCUUUUUCUCCCUAAAAUUUUCGGUAUAUACCAGGUGGAUGCUGCCAUUCGAGAGUUCAACCAAACCACCGGGCUUACUUUAUAAUAAUUUUCGACGACACCCAGCUUCUCACUCUGCUCUGUUCCACCCCUUCCUGGUCCAUACGAAAGACGAUGAUAGCCAUAUAGUCGGUAACAAGUUUGGCUCUGGACCUGCGCAGCCAGAGGCGAGAUGGAUGCGAUUAAGGCUAGUAGUGGCACCGACUAUGUUCAUGUCGAGACGAGCACCAGCUUGGAUGCGCGUCACAAUACUUCCCCUGCAGCAACGGGUGGCAAUGAGCUACAAGUAUACAAGGUCUAUAAGCGCCGAUUCUUCGGCCUGGCGCAGUUGGUAUUGUUGAAUACUGUUGUUAGUUGGGAUUGGUUAACCUUCUCCGCCGUCUCUAAGACUGCCUCGGAACAUUUUCGUGUCUCAGAAGCCACGAUCAACUGGAUGAGCAUAGCCUUCCAAUUGGCCUUUUGCAUUUCUACCCCCGUGGUCAUUUGGGCCCUCAAUAAAGGGGGUCCUAAGCUCUCCCUCACGCUCUCAGCUGUGCUCCUUCUCCUCGGCAACUGGAUUCGCUAUGCGGGCACACGAGCUGGCAAUAGCAUCUUCGGCCUUGCAAUGUUCGGGCAGAUUUUGAUUGGCCUUGCGCAACCCUUCUGCCUAAGCGCCCCCACGCGUUACAGCGAUCUAUGGUUCACAGGCAAAGGAAGAACCAGUGCAACGGCCAUCACGACCCUUGCGAAUCCCUUUGGCGGUGCGCUGGGCCAGUUGAUGGGGCCGAUCCUGGCAACGAAAAGUUCCGAAAUCCCGAAUAUGGUGCUCUACGUGUCUAUAAUUUCCACCGUCGCCUGCGUCCCUUCUUUCUUCAUUCCAUCCGCGCCGCCUACCCCGCCCACCGCCGCCGCAACAAUCGAGCGCAUCCCCCUCCGCGAAUCUCCCCUAAAACUCGUCCGCACCCUCGAAUUCUGGCUCAUCUUCAUUCCUUUCAGCACCUACGUCGGCUGCUUCAACAGCAUAUCCUCCUUACUCAACCAGAUCCUCGAGCCUUAUGGCUUCAGCGAGACUGAAGCCGGCAUCACCGGCGCCCUGCUGAUCGUCGUCGGCCUUGUCGCCGCGGCCAUAAUCUCCCCCAUCACAGACCGCUACAAGAACUACCUGCUCCUGACAAAAGUGCUCGUCCCCAUCAUUGCGGUCUGCUACAUCGUCUUCGUCUUCGCGCCGCGCGCCACCAGCAUCGCCGGCCCCUACGUCAUCGCCUCCCUGCUAGGCGCGUCCAGCUUCGCAGUCCUCCCUAUCAUCCUAGAGUACACGGUUGAAAUUACAUACCCGAUGUCGCCGGAGGUGACCAGCUCCGUGUGCUGGACAGGCGGCCAACUACUGGGCACGUCGUUUAUUCUCAUUGAGAAUGCGCUGAAGGCAGGUGACGAUGCGCAUCCGCCGAACAAUAUGAACCGCGCCUUGAUUUUUCAGGCUGUGGUGGCGUCUGCGGUGGUGCCUUUGCCGCUCUGUCUGGGGCUGUUUGGACGGAAUCCGAGGAGACUGAGGCUUGAGGCGGAGACCGCGGCGGAGACCGCAGCAGAACAAUUACUAUUUCAGGAACGGAGCGCAGGGAAAUAA